CCCACUGACACACUUACAAUAAUAAAGUAUAAUACAUAAUUUCAAACUUUGACCUCUGAGUAAUUGAACAAACAUCAAAAUUUCCCAAGUGAUAAUGAAUACUCCAAUAAAUCAUACGAUUUUCCUCUGAAGUAAUGGCUGUGAAAACAAGUAUUAAUCACAAAAACCGUUUGAUUUUCCGACAAUUGUUGGAUAGUGUUAGCUGUACUUAUACAUAUUUACUAGGAGAUUUCGAAAAGAAAGAAUGUAUACUUAUAGAUCCCGUGCUGGAGCAUGCAAAAAGAGAUUUCAAUUUAGUGAAGGAACUCGGUUUGAAGCUAUCUUAUGCACUCAACACUCAUAUGCAUGCAGAUCACAUAACAGGAACUGGAUACUUGAAAAAAUUAUCAGGUUGCAAAUCGGUGAUCUCCAAAGCUAGUGGGGCACAAGCCGAUAUUCAUUUAGAAGACGAAGAAUUAUUUUCAUUAGGAAAUAUAUGUCUAAAAGUACUCUCUACACCUGGUCAUACAAAUGGAUGUGUUUCUUAUUACUGUGAAGAACAACAAAUGGUUUUCACUGGUGAUGCUCUACUAAUAAGAGGCUGUGGUAGAACGGAUUUCCAAGAAGGGAACCCCGCAACUCUUUAUAAAUCAGUUCACUCUAAACUAUUCACUUUACCACACGAAACUGUGGUUUACCCUGCGCAUGAUUACAGGGGAGUUAUGUCUUCCACCAUUGCUGAAGAGAUCAAAUAUAAUUCUAGAUUAACAAAAAAUAUGGAAGAAUUUAUUGAUAUUAUGAACAAUUUGAAUUUAGGAUAUCCAAAACAGAUUGAUAAAGCUUUACCUGCAAACAAAGUAUGUGGAUUACAUGAUAUUCCUGAGGAUAUUUCUCAAAAUAUUGUACAAUAGAGAAGUGAUAAAAAUUAUAUAAGCAUAUUUUUCAAACAAUUGUUGAAAGAUCGUUUACUAAAACGUAAUUCUAAGAACAAAUAAUAUAUAAUUGUAAUUAUAACAAUAAAAUUUUAUAUUGUU